CAUGGACGUCCAUUUUUGUGGAAUCAACUAGGCCUUGUUUUGCUGUACGGUAAUACACUGUCACAUUACUGAUGCCAAAUAGACAUAGAAGGCGAAGGGGCAAACGUGGUUAUAUAGGCACCAUACUCGAGGCAGUAGAGUUCACCCAUGCUCAAUUCUUCGACUGCACACUCUGGAUCUCCAGCCGUGUUGCAAGAAAUCUCUACUCUAGAUGCUGCAGGGAUCCUUCUCACGUUCUGGAAAUUUCUUUUGUCGUCACCAACACUUCGAGAAGGUACAAGAAUUCUAUUCUUUGGGGGUAUCCUUGAAGGAUCACGAAGGCUUGCUGGGAUGGUGUGGCAGAACAUUGUCGAUUUCUUUUUCAUAACUGCUGAGUUCGAGGAUAGGGAUGAAACAUUCACGUGGAUGAUGUUUUGGCUCUCACGACAGCCGAAGUGGAACAAGUUGCGCAGCAUUCGGGUCACGACUUUUCGAUAUGGCCAUAGUGGAGUUUCGGACGUGGUUCCUGGAGAGAUUGAAGAGAGACAUGAUGGUCGGUCGCGCCGUCUGGCGUACAAUCCCUCCCACAACAAAACAAUAAGUUUGUGGUACCGUGGAACGUGGAUGAAAGUGAAAGUAGUCCAAACACAGGGCGACAUGUGGAAUAGGCGAGGAGACGAGCGACUAAUUAUCAGUCUAUGUACUCGUAAAACAUCCAAACUUGACGAACUGCUGUUGGAAGCCAAGCGUAGCUUCAAGAAGCAUUCUGAGGGUAGAAUUAAUAUCUAUGUUUCAGAUACGAACAAUGAUUGGACGCUCGCCGGAUCCCGUCCUAGACGUCGAUUAUCGACUGUUGUUCUGGGCGCAGGCAUAAAGGAGCGACUCUUAGCUGAUGCGAAAGACUUCAUCGCCAGCGAGAACUGGUACGCUGACCGGGGUAUCCCAUGGCGCCGAGGUUACCUUUUUCAUGGGUCACCAGGGUCUGGGAAAACGAGCCUCAUACACUGUCUAGCAGGUGAACUCGGGCUCGAUAUUUAUGUGGUAUCACUGUCAAAGAAGUCUCUCGACGACUCGACGUUGAAUGAAUUGAUCUCGAAACUCCCUCCGAAGUCAAUUGCUUUAAUGGAAGAUAUUGAUGCUGCCUUUCUGCGAGGGAUUACACGGGAAAACGAUUCUCUUGGAGUGCCUCCAAUGCCUGGUCAGUCCCCUGGAGAAUUGGUCGAGCCUUCGGGAUCGUCAAUGUCCCAGAUGCCGAUGCAGGCAGCAAGUAGUGUCACCUUAAGUGGUUUAUUGGCUGCAAUUGACGGAGUAGCUGCCCAGGAAGGUCGCCUACUAUUCGCAACGACAAAUAAGUAUAACGCACUUGAUCCAGCAUUAAUUCGUCCAGGCCGUCUUGAUGUUCACGUUCGAUUCGAAAAUGCAGGGAAACGGCAAGCUGCAGAACUUUUCUGUUGCUUCUUCCUUCCGGAUUCUGGGAUUGACGAAGGGCUGGAGUGUGACGGGCAGGCAACAUAUGAUUCUCUAUCAGAGACAUCAUCCCCUACCGCUGUGAACUCUCCUGUGGAAUCGCCUCGUGCCGUGUUGUUCCCAAACGAACCUUCCAACACCAUGGGUGUCGUCAGCGAUUGGACAAUCUCUUCGAUUGAUACGGAAGGACCCCGAGAUCACCAUCCAGCUGUCUCUAGAAAACGAAUCAGUCAUCUAGCUCACAAGUUUGCAGAUCAAAUUUCUGAAGGAGAGUUUUCCAUGGCUGCUUUACAGGGAUUAUUGAUGCAGCACAAGACUGAACCGUAUAAAGUGCUUGAGGAAGUGGAGACAUGGAUUAUGAAUGAAAGGCGAAACCGUGCAGAGCGUGAAGGAAAGGUAUUAGACCAGAGUUUCGAGGAACAGGAGGGUACACAACAUAAAGAUAACAAUAUAACAGAGGAAUUGGUGCAUUCAAAAGAGUCAGCCACUCAGACAGAACCUGGAGACAAUAGUAGAGAAUUCUGGUCCAGUCAAGAACUAAUAUAUUGUAGCUAG